AUGGCUGCAGGGGUUAUAAGAAACCUGACUGACUUCCAGCAGGCUACAGUCUUCCAACAUCCUUUCUACUACCCUAUAAAUUUUCAGGAAAAUUUUACUGAGGAUGAAGAGGAAGAUGACUUGGAUGGGCAAGAAGUAGAAGUUGAGGAUCUAGAAGAGGGUGGGGGAUUAUUUUGCCAGACAAAGGGGAAUGAGGCAGAGUGGCAGGACCUAGGCUCUGCCCCCAGCCCCACCGAAACCACCUAUCGUCUGCUUCACUUCGCCGAACUCAUUAACUGUGACAUCCAGCGUUACUUUGGACGGAAGAAUCGAGGAGAUGACCCAGACUCCUGUGACAUUUAUGAGGAACGAGCAUUCCUGGGGAAAUGUGGUCGUGAGCGUUACUAUGCAGACCUUGUUAAGAUAGCCCAGAGUGGCCUGGGUGUUUCUGCUGGCAAUGAAGUACAGCGGGAAGAUCAUAUAGGGUCCCGUAGCACGUCCAUGCCUGUAGAGAGUAAAGGACUGGAGGCACUGUGCAGCCAGGAGAACUUUCAGCAUCUGGGGCCGCUGGCUGAACUUUUUGACUAUGGCCUUCGGAGGUAUGCGGAUCCCGAACAGCAGUGUGACCAGGGCUGGGACCAAAGAGCUGAUAACGGCACGGGGCAGAUUUUACCCAUGUGCAAGCGACGCUUACCACCUAGUUUCUGGAGAGAACCCAAUCCCAGUAACCCCCCAUGUAUGCUUAGUAGCUCCUGCACACCAGACUUCAGUGAUCUCUUGGCCAACUGGACCACAGAGUGCAGCCAGGAGCUGUGAGGCAGGAUCAGAUACUUCUUAUACUGAGCUGAUCCAGUGAUCAGCAUAUCAGAGCCAGAAGAGAAUCAGGGGUUAGUACAGCUGACUCCCACCUUCUUGAUCUUCAAGGAAAUCCACUUAAAUGUUGACGCAUGUCAAUUGCUAAAAUGGAACAUAAAGAUGGUGAAAAUAUAUAUGUGUUACAGAAAAGGGACAAUUAUUGAUUGAUUGUGACUCAUGAAUUAAUUUUUAACUUGGAUCAAAACUUGCAUUUUUAUGCUACAAACUGUAAAGCCAUCAUAUUUGCCAUGUAUGCUGCUGCAGAAAAACAGCUUUAACCAAA